UGGAGCUGCCAAGAUUUCAAGUUGCGCCCAGCUGUUCAGCAGGUUGCCAGGUCAACAGGGGCUGGACCCACGAAAGUCAAUAAUAGUACAGCGAAGAAGCCGGCACGACACUCCCACCUUGAACCAGCCGACAGACACCACUUUGAAUCAAUUGCGCGGGACCUCCUCAGUCAUACCAGUGAAGGGUCUCUCUUAAAUUCCACAGCACAGAGUGGUCCAGAUUCUACGCAUCUUGGACAAAGUUUACGAUACCGACACAGAGCCUCGACACCGCCUCUUUCCAGGAGCCGCAUCACACAAGAAACACAGGACGGUGUCCGAUUUCCCUCGCGCCUUCGCGCUGCUGGACACCAUGCCAGCAGCGGCUGAUGAUGGGCCAACCGUAGCCCUCUCCUUCGCCAACAACUUUUGGGGCAAGGAUGAUGCAGGAGUAGGGCCACUCUUUGACCGGAUGAUCAACGCAAAGCAGACUUGCGACGAGCUGCGAUCGUUCUACGGUGCCCGAGCAUCUAUCGAAGAUGAAUACUCCAGGAAAAUCCUCUCGCUUUGUAAGAAAUCGCUGGGGUCACAGGAAACAGGCAGCCUGAAGACGUCGCUGGACACGGUACGGGGCGAGUUGGAAUCUAUCGGCAAGCAGCACCAAUACAUAGCUGCGCAGAUGAAGAGCGAGCUGGAGGAGCCGCUGGCGGCAUUCGCUGGCGCGAUGAAGGAGCGCCGAAAGAUCAUCCAAAACAGCAUUGAGAAGAUCUUGAAGGUCAAGAUUCAGCAGACGCAAACCGUCAACAAGACACGGGAUAAGUACGAGCAAGAGUGCCUGAAGAUCAAGGGGUAUCUUGCACAGGGCCAUAUGGUCAUGGGCCAGGAGGAGCGGAAGAACAAGGCAAAGCUGGAAAAGACGCAGAUCAGCCUGGCAACGUCCAACACCGAGUACGAGAACGCGGUCAAGGCGCUCGAGGAUACUACGGCUCGCUGGAACCGCGAGUGGAAGGCGGCGGCCGACAAGUUCCAGGACUUGGAGGAGGAGAGACUCGACUUCACCAGGGGCAGCCUGUGGACUUUCGCGAACAUUGCGUCCACUGUCUGCGUCAGCGACGAUGCCUCAUGCGAGAAGAUCCGCCUCUCGCUUGAGAAGCUCGAUGUCGAGAAGGACAUUGCCACCUUCAUCACGGAGCACGGCACGGGCCAGGAGAUCCCUGGUCCACCAAAGUACAUCAACUUUUGCCGCGGGGAUGUGGACUCGCAGUCGGAGGCGUCUGACGAUGAUAACUACGUGGUGGCCCAGUUUCCUCGCAGCAUCAAUCCUGCUUUCCGUACCUCCUCGCCACAGCCGUCAGUUUUUGAGUCACACCACGACCCCAACAACGCACUAGCGAGGGAGCUUCUACAUGGGGGCUCAGGAAUGUCACCGGGCCGCGAGCAGGCUCUUACCCCUCAGAAGGCCGCUCUCAUCGAGAAGCAACGACAGGCGCUGGAGGUACAGCAACAGGCACCGCGGGCUCUGGAGAUACAGCAGCAGGUUCCCCGGGCGCUGGAGAUACAACAACCACCGCCGCAGCAGGCCAAGCCGCCAUACGACCCGAACGACUUUGCGCCGCAACACCCGAGACUUCAGCUUCGUUCUCAGGAGCCCAAACAGGUACCACCACAGCAACCUAGGGCACCUUACGACCCGAACGACUUUGCACCACAGCCGCAUAGGCUGCAGCUGCGUGGUCAAGAGUCCAGGCAGGCUGUGCCUCAGCAACAGCAGCAUGAGCUUCAGCAACAUCACCAGCAGCUUCAGCGGCAGCACCAACAGCAGCAGCAGCAACUUCAGCAGCUCCAGCUCAGGCAGCAGCAGCAGCAGCAGCAUCUCAGACAGCAGCAGCAGCCUAGACAGGCUGCAGCGCCGUUUGAUGCAAACGACUUCACACAAGUGCCACAUGACCCUUAUCCAAUGGAUGGCAUGACCAUGCUGUGCCGGACCAAGCCGAACAGCUCUGACCUCGGGUGCCACCUUGGGUCUCAAAUCGAUUCGCAGAUCCCCUCGGCCGUCAGCUCACAGCUCAGCUCCGCGCGACCCUCUAGCCGGGAUGACAACAGCGAGUAUUCCAACCCCACCUCCCUUUCGGAUUUGGAGGGCCCCAACGGGAUGCCGUCGCCUGUCAAGCAGGCCCCCGCGCCGCUACUCGCGGAGAGGGAGCGAGAGCGGGAGAGACAGCUAGAGCGGGAACGGCAGAUGGAGAGGGAGCGACAUCUUGAGCGCGAGCGACAGGUCGAGCGAGAACGCCUGGAGGCGGAGAGAAAGAUGGAGCGUGAGCGGCAAGAAAGGGAGAGACAGAUGGAGAGAGACAGACAGGAGAGAGAGCGCCAAGAGAAGGAGCGCCAAGAACGAGAGAAACAAGAGCAGGAGCAGCAAGAGAGGGAGCGACAGGAGCUGGAGCGACAAGAACGAGAGCGACAGGACCGGGAGCGACAAGAACAGGAGCAACAGAGAGAAAGGGAGCGACAGCUCGAGAAGCUCGAAAGGGAACGCCAACUUGUGAGGGAACGCCAGCUCGAAAAGGAACGCCAGCUCGAGCUGGAACGAGAGCAGCAGAAAGAGAGGGAGCGGGAGCUCCAGAGACAAAAAGAGGUGGAGCAACAGAGGGAGAGGGAGAAGAAGCUCGAGAGAGAACGCGAGCUGGAGAAACAGAAGCAGCUGGAGCGUGAGCGUGAGCGUGAGCAAGAGAGAGAGAGGGAGAGGGAGAGGAACAACACUCUUAAGAAGAGGAGUGGCUUCUUCCAGAACAGCCCUUUCCGACGCAAGAGCAACAAGGACAUGGAGCAGCCGCCGUCUGCGUCGCUGCGCAACACUUGGCAUCCCUCGCAAACCUCGACCCGCGCGCCGAUAGCAUACGGGGCAAGCAGCAGCCAGCCCCAGCAGCCAGCCGAGCCUAGAGCGCCAAGCCCAGACCCGAUUGACGCCAACGCGAGCCUUGCCCUCAACGUCGGCCAGAACGUGUUUCCUGUGGCGGCUCUGGGAAGGAAGAAGGAGCCAGCAGCGAGCGAGACACCAGAAGACGACCCGAUUGCCUUGGCCCUUGCGGAACUUAAGGGAGUCACGCAGGUUGGCAAGCAGUCGUCGGUGCGCGUCUCGGCUGACACGUACCACGGUAUCGCCACGCCUGCUCCCGGCGCCCAGUCUGCAUCCCGCAAUGCCCCAUCUCUUCGGGGCAACGACCCAGUGGCGGCCGCUAUGAGGGGCACGCCACCGCCGUCGUACGACCAGCCGGUCCAGAGGCUCGGAGUGCCCUCGCCCGCGUGCACCUCCAGGGCCAUGAAGGAGACAUCCCAGAAGUUCGUCAGCCAGACCCGGAACUUGUUCAGCCAGCCUCCCGCGGCCGCAUCCCCGGUGUCUAGCGGCGGCGGGUAUGCCUCAGCGUCCCGCCCCGGAACAAGGGGGGCCGCCGAGGUUCCGCGCGCCGCUUCCCCCGCGCCGCCUCGUAGUGCCUCGCCUCGCCCGAACAGCAGGGCAGACCCGCAGCAGCGUUCCCACCGCUCCGCAUCCCCGAACCCCCAGCCGCAGCGCUCGCAUCGCUCUGCCUCGCCGAACCCACAACAGCGGAGCCACCGCUCGGUUUCGCCGAACCCGUACGCCAGCGGUAGCGAGCGAAGGAGCCAGUCGCAGCACCCGACCCAUCACCAGCCGCAGCAGCAGAGGCGGCCCUCCCAUGCACCCACCGUUGGGUCGACGUCUUCCAGGACGCAGGCCCGCGGCUCGGAGCCAGGCUACUACCGCCACAACUCGCCCAACGACAUGACGAGGUCGGCGUCCCCGGCCCCGUUCCGCAACGAGUACUCAUCGUCCAGGCCGAGCAGCAGCCACGUUCAGGCCGACAUGUCGGUGCAGCUGGCGCCGGUGCCAGACGACGUGUACGGCGGCGGCUCCCAGUACGGGGGCUCGCAAUACGGCGGGUCUCAGCGUGGUCGUGGUGGCCGCCCCGGAACCGCCACCGGCUCCAGGGGCAUGAGCCUCUAUGAAGGGGCCGGCCCCGUGCAGCCGGCGAGGACGCGCAGCAAGAGUGUUGCCGACACGAGCCGCCAGUACACCAGAGACGGCCGUCCUAUUAUGCAUUUUGCUCGCGCCCUAUAUCUGUACCAGGCCGCCAUCCCUGAGGAGCUCGGCUUCGCAAAGGGCGACGUGCUCGCCGUCCUGCGCCACCAGGACGACGGCUGGUGGGAGGCCGAGAUCCACGGCGGAAACGGCCAAGUCGGCCUCGUCCCCAGCAACUACCUCCAGCCUUGCUAGACCAAGGCAGGAUCGGGGGGUUUGGGUGGUGCGGUUUGUAUGUAAUGGGUGGGAUCUACGGUACCUGCCGUCGACGGAAGAUGGCAGGCGGUUUUGGGGUCAUCAUGUCAAGGCUGGUUCGAGUCGAAGAUUUUGGUCGCAUUCUCGCGGCAUUUGCAUUUGCCGACAACGUCCGUUGUCAGGACAUUUUCUUCUUUUCUCUUCUUUACUUCUACGACCCAUUCAUUGUACGAAUCUUUGCGUUUCUUUUCUUCACCUCCAUUUCUUUUUGCACAUGGAUGGCAUGUUAAUGAUUCUCUCCUUCUCCCCUAUUUAUCACGCCAACAUCUUGUCCUUUCUGUUUGUGCCUUUCUGCCUGGUUGCUUGUUUCUGGUUGUUCACGGCACACGGCAUGGCCCGCAGUGAAUUUCUAGCGUUCUUUGUAUUUGCCUUGCCUUCAUUGCAUUGCACUGUAUGUAUUUACACGACCAUAGAUUGUCACAACAAAAAAGUCGUUGUUUCUCGGGGUAUCUAUAAGACACUGGUGCCUUCUCGUUCCUCGUUCCCCGUUCCCAUUUCUAUAGCAUUGGUUCAUCUUUCCGUGAGUGUUC